GCACGGUGGCUAGUCUACUAGUAGUGUGGGAAAUGUAAUACUGUAGUUAUCGCCUUUUGGGCCGUUUAUGAGUUUGGGCCGGAGGCCGUAUUGUUAGCUAUAUGUACUUCGACGGACUUCUGUCUGGGCAUGAAAGAAAAGAAUGGAAACAAUCCUAUCUGCAUCUCUUCUCUUCCUCCCGUGUUCUUCCUCCUCUGCGAUCCCCUUCUGAGUUCUUCCGAUCCCCCUCUCUAUCUCUUGGGAUCAGCUAUCGUGGUGCUCUGAUCGCCUCAUCCGAGGUCAGGACACUACAAUUGGUAUCAGACUCAGUCCUUCCUUGGCUCUCCUCCGCCCAGUUUUCCUCCGCCGCCUCCCCUGAUCGGGUCUGCUUUCCCGGCGACUCGAUCCGCUCCGCCGCGAAUCCUUCCGAUUCCGGCGUCCACGCCCCGCCCACCGACUCCCAGUCGGCGGCGGCCACGCAAAUCGCCGGUUAGCCGCUCCGGCGCCGUCGACCACCACGAUAUCUUGCGCCGCUUAGGGUUUAGUUGGGGAUUUACUUGUUCUUCUCUCGGCGAGGCACUCGAUUCAUCACGGCGCCAAAUCGCCAAGCCGCGCACACUUGUCAGAUUUGCGCCGCCAUGGAUGAGAUGGAGGAGCGCAUACGCAAGCUCUUCGAGGAGAAGCUUACUACGGUCGUGACCAAGCUGGAGGACCUGUCCCUGCUGAAGGAGCAACUCACCGACAUGAACACCAAGAUGGUGGAGCAGGCGGGCCGCCUCAACCAAGUACAAACCAAGGUCGAUCUGGCUAUGACAUCCCUGGGUUCGGUUCAGCAGGAGCAGCUGCAAGUCGCCCGUGCGCUGAAGACCUCUGCGUUGCCGAAGCUGACCAUUCCGAGCCGCGAUGGCUCCGGCCUGAUGGGUGCUCCCCCACGAUUUCCUCCCCCACCGCCUCCACAGUAUCAUCCCUCACACGUGGUAUUUCCUCAGUCUCCUGUCCUCCCUGAUUCGAAUGCUAUUGCGUCUGAUGUCGUGGGUACUGCUGGGGAUGGUCGCCAACUGAUUCCUAUAGGCAUGGGUAGUUCUCGUACACAUGGACUUCAUGAUGACUCUGGUUCUCGUCGCCCUUGGUUACCUAAGAUGGAAUUUCCUCGAUUUGAUGGUACUGAUGCUAGAAUUUGGAUUGAUAAAUGCACUGCUUAUUUUGCUAUGUUUCAAAUUCCUGAGGGGUUUCGUGUUACUGCUGCCACUAUGUACUUGGAUGGUCGGGCAGCACACUGGUUUCAGGCUUAUAAGGAUUCCUAUGGUGUAUUGAGUUGGGAUCAAUUCCAGUCUGCAGUACUUGCUGAAUUUGAUGUUACCACCCAUAGAGAUAAGAUUACAGAGCUCUUAACUCUUAAGCAGUUUGCCACUGUGGCCGAAUAUAAGCAGUCCUUUGAGCAGUUGGUCUACAGCAUUCGCCUGUAUGAUAAGACAAUUAGUGAACCAUUCCUAAUCUCUCAGUUCGUGCUUGGACUUAAAGAAGAAUUGCGAGCAGCGGUCGAGAUUCAGUUACCUGACACGGUGACUAAGGCUGCCACUUUGGCUGCAAUCCAGGAGGGCCUGUUACUUAGACAGAAGACACCACCCCAUAAAUUUUCAUCUCCCAAAAAUCUUACUGCUGGUAAACAUGACUCUCCAGCACCACCUCCAGUUAGUGAGCUCUGGAAGGCUCGGCAAUUAAAAGAAUACAGGAAGCUCAAUGGCUUGUGUUUCAAGUGUGGUGAAAAGUUCAUUCCUGGUCAUAAGUGCAAACAACCUGCCAGUCCCACUCUGAACUAUAUUGCAGUAGAUGAAGGGGGGAUGGUGGUAUCAUUUUAUCAGAUGAGGUGCUGGAACAGUUGGAAUCCCCGCAAUCAAUAUAUGCUCCUGACGAUGUAUUUGUCUCUCUAAAUGCUAUAACAGGAGCUGACAAAGCUAGGUUGAUUAAAUUCAGAGCAUUGGCCAGCAAUCAGGUGGUGCUCCAACUGCUUGAUACUGGGAGUUCCCAUACAUUCUUAAACGCCGGACUCUUGAACAAGUUGCCUUGUAAUAUGAUGGACAUUGCUCCAACAGAGGUUAGGGUGGCUAAUGGUCAGUCAAUUAUGUGCACUCAGAUGGUGAAGAAUUUUUCCUGGUGGGUGCAAGGCCACACUUUCACAGUGGAUGCUUUGGUUUUACCAUUGGGAGCUUAUGAUAUGGUGUUGGGCAUGAACUGGUUGGAACAAUUUCGACCUAUGACAUGUGAUUGGCAGGAUAAAUGGGUGGAAUUUCACUAUCAGGACAAAUUGGUCAAGCUGCAAGGAGUGUUAUCUCUUCCUCCUCAACUCCAGGAAAUCUCUGCUGAGCAGUUGUACAAGUCCAGUAAGGGCAAUGAUAUUUGGGCUAUGGCAAUUGUCACCCCUGCACUAGAUGUGCCCCCUCCUCCAACACCGCCAAUUCCAGCCAUUAUCCAGCAAUUAAUCGAUGAGCAUUCAGCUGUUUUUCAAGACCCCAAAACCUUACCACCAUCCAGAAUCUAU